UAACGACUGUUAAAUCGUCGUCCAUUUGAACUCAGCUACAGCGAAACGAAGGUGUGUGGUGAAGGCGGCGUGAGAGUGAAGAGAAGAAAAAUGGCGUGGAAAUGGAUCGUGCGUCGGACUCGCGAAUCGAAGCCGUUCUUCUUCGCUUUCGCCACCGUAUGCGGCGUCGUUCCGGGCGUGAUCGGCUACUGCGUGAUGCAGGCCACUAACACCCGCACCGACCAACUCGAAUCUCGUCUCCGCACUACUGCUCGCCCUGAAUCACUGAUGAUGGGACAAGUAAAUAAAGAGAGACUGGCAGAAUACCUUGGAGAGCUACAGCGGAAGGAGGAUACCAAUGACCGCUACGUUGCUGCUCUAAGAGGAGAGACUUUAACCAGAAAACCUUAUGUGAGAAUUCAACCUGUUCCAGAGCAAACUGAGACUAAAGCUGACAAGGAGCAAAAGAAAUGAAUAAGUUGCUGAUCUCCAGACAUUGUGAAUAUACGUUUCUUUAAGUUCACUAUGAACUUGACGCAGUUUCGUGUUUAAUCUCUUUACAUUCCUGGAUGCAUCUUUUUAAGCAAUGAACUCCUCUUCUUGGGGAAGAGGUAUUAGUUAGGCGAGAAUUGAGUAGUUAAUUAAAUUCUUCAUAGAAGAGGGGUCUUGUAUUCUCUUUGGAAUAAUUUAUUUUCCAGACUUUAGGAUGCUUUUGCCCUAAACUGUUUGCAUUUGAGGAUUAAGCCUUUUUUCUUUUCUCGUACGACAUGGAUGUGAGUGUAACAGUUGCACUUGCACUGGUAUAAGAUAAAACAUUCUAUUCGCGUUGCA